CGAGUCCACUGCGUGUUCUUUCGACUGCGCACCCGCAGCUCGCUACCCCAAGCGACAUCCUCAAGGCACUUGUACCUUCUCUGACGCGCGCUGUCGCUCGUUACCUUUGCCUUUUAGUCGUUUACGAUCACUUAUUGACCUCUCGUGGACCACCACUCUCGAUCAGCGAAAAGCCAGAUGCUUCGGCUACUUCAAUCAAUGCGACGUGAACCUCCGUGACACCGAAUCUGAGCGUGCGAACCAGUCGGAAUGGCGGCUCCUCUCCUACCUACGAAGUUCCCUUGCUGGUGUCGCGCGGUCUAUUCAUGGGGCGGCGAGACAGACAGAGACCUCGGGUUUAUCGAAGGCGACUUGAUAGAAUGUCUCAAUGCUGGAGACGGCUCCUGGUGGAUGGGAAGACUACUCAGAGAUAGGAGAAUGAUGGGCUUGUUUCCUUCAAACUUCGUGGUUGUGCUUGAGGAAGAUUUCGUCCCCAUGCGUCGCUCCGCCAGUCCCAUACCGGAUAUACACAAGAGCAACAGUGGAAGCAAAAAGACACUACAAGAAAAGAAGGAGAAGGCGAAAUCGAGGCGUCCUUUCAGCGGGUAUAAGCAUGCGAAAUCUCCUUCAGUCAAUGCUAUAGCCUUGCCUCAACAAGUCGCGCCCGUGUCUGCACCUGCACGACAAACCUAUGACGCGCGGAACCCUCCCUCAACGGUCUUGUGGCAGCAGAGACCACCGUCCAGAGCUCCUUCGAGAUCCCCAUCUCCUCUACCUCAUCAUGAGAUCGGCUCUUCUCCCCCGCCGCCUCCUCCACCCCACCGGAUCAUUGGGGGAAGAGCCGCCUCACCUGCACCACAAGUGUUCGACAUGAAUGAUCGAUAUCAGACAUUCUCUCGCACUCCGUCCCCAGCACCACCCUCAAUCAACGGACAUACUCCUCCAAUGAUCCGGAGUGCCAUGGACGAUGUCAUGUCUUCUCUGGAUGAUAUGACUUUAGUCAGACAUGAUUCAACCCGCCAGGAAAAUCAAUUCAACCCGUGGUCUCCCGAGGCUUUCGACGACUUUCGUCGAUCUGAUGAUCGCCCAGGUCCUCGUCCACUCACCAGCUUAGGGCUAGGCGCCGGUGGCAGCACUUUCUCCGAAGCACGCAUCAAUUAUAGCAGUCGUCACAACAGCCCAGACCGAUAUCAGGAUGGUCCACCUCGGUUGGAGAACUACGUACAGAGGAUGGAAAGUCGCCUGCGCCGUAUGCAACAGGCUCGCGAAGGACAAGACUUCGAUGCGGCGGGCAGUGACCCUCCGGAACCACCGCCUAAGAAUUCACCUUGGGCAGGCUCAUCAAAUGCCGGCCGUCGACUGUCAAUGAGAAGAAGGAAAUCCGCCGUGGAUGUUGGUGAUGGCGCUCUUUCAAGAGCCCUUACGCAGAAAACGAACUUGACGAACAACAGCAGUUCAAGCAGCGGAGCGCAGAGUCUUGCAAGCACUGGUACCAAUUUUUCGCAUCAAACAGCGAUGACCGCCCAAAGCCUCAUGAGCGGAUAUUCUGCCGGUGCGUUUAGCGCCACAAGUGCAGGCAGCCUUGCGAGGAAGAGAAUGGGCAGUCUUCGAGAUCGUAUGGCUAGACCAAUGACGAGCACCGGCACCAGGGAUGAGCAAUGGAGCCAAACGGAAGUACGACCCAAGACGCCAAAUACAGCAGCGUCCUUCCACUCAAACCAUGACUCCCGACAAGGGGCGAAGUCAGCAAUUGGCUGGGAAGAUGCAAACCGAGGUGCCAACGGUGGACUAGGCGGAUUUAUGACUCCCAAAGCCAAAAAGCCAGGCUUCUUCAAGAAAUUGAUCGACAGCGCGAAGACCGGUGCUGCGAGCGCUCGGAGCACCAUCUCAGCCAGUCAGGCAGGAAGCAAUUCUGGAUCACCCGCAAAAAUGACCGGCAUCGCUGGCGGUACCGCUUUCAAUGCGCCGAUUGCCGCUCCUCAGUCGACGAGCGCUUUUGGAAGGGAUGCUGCGAAAGAGAUGGGUUUGGUUAGCGGAGCCUCUGGUUCGUAUAUCCUCACUCGUCGCGACGUAAAUCGAUCAAACACCCCGGGACCAUCAGAACGGCAGGAACGAGCCGAUCGAUGUCAGAUGCUGGACCAACCUGUUAUUUGCCCUGUUGAAGAAUUGUACGAGAAUCUGCAAGGAGACGAAGACGCCGACGGACGACCAGUAUACGCGCCGUUCCAGAUCAGCAAUCCAAGUUUCAGUCAAGUAGACAAGGCCGCUCGGUUUAUCACGAGCAUUCCCAGCAGUAUAACGGCAGGGGGCCUCGCAACGGGCUUCAUAUGCCGUCCAUACCGGAGUGGUGUGCAAAGAUUACGAGCGAUAUUUAUUUGGUGCUCUGAAAGAAUCAGCUGGGAAGAGGACCAGUUUGACAGCUACGAUUUCAGUCAGGCAGUCGAUACUAGAAGGGUGAUUCAAAGCAAGCGGGGAAGCAGUCAAGAAGUGGCUGAGGUCGUGCUUGAAAUGUGCACUGCGAUUGGCAUUCAAGCAGAAAUCGUGCAUGGAUACUUGAAAACACCUGGCGAAGAAUUGGACUUGGACGCGAUUUCUCGGCCAAACCAUUUUUGGAAUGCUGUACUCGUCGAUGGAGAAUGGAGAAUGAUGGAUGCCAGCCUUGCCAGCCCAACUAACCCGAAAAGAGCAUCAUACUCGAGUGUGAGCACCAGUAUCGCGGAAGCAUGGUAUUUCCUGACACGGCCGAGCGAACUGUGUUGGACACAUGUCCCGGUCGAAGAUGCCCAGCAACAUAUGAUCCCCAGCAUCAGUCCUGAUGUACUUCUGGCCCUGCCUGGAACGGGUCCUCCAUUUUUCAGGCAAGGACUGUCCAUGCAUGCCUACGACACGAGCAUUAUCAGACUGGACGGCCUAGAAAUGUGCACAUUCAGCAUCAAUGUCCCUGCCGACGUUGAAAUAGUGGCAGAAGUUGAAGCCAGGAGAUACCUCCGCGAUCAGGACGGAGACGUUUACGAAGACGCUGAUAAUCUCACCAAAAAAAGAGCCCUGGUACAACCAAGUUGGUAUCGAACCGUGCCUAACACAGAUAUCGCCCAGAAACGCUAUGUGAUCAAAGCAAUCCUUCCGGGGGAUGAGGGCAUCGCAUACAUCAGAGUCUACGCCGGCAAAAAGGGUCUGAUGCUUUCAUCGAGGGAUAUCGUGCACCCCUUGGCUCUUGCAGUACCUCUGUACCACUCAGGCGAGAACCCGGCUUAUGAGUUCGUCAUGAGACAUCCUACACCGCACGCCACACGACAAGAUCUCUACGUGGUGCAGCCACAGUGCUACCGUCUUGGAGCUGGAGAGACCUACGUCUUUUGCGUACGUCAACACGCCGCGUCUGUAUCAUCUACGCCUGCGAACGAACAAAACGGCUUUGACCUCCGCCCUGUCAGUCCCAACCCACUCGCUCGCCCUACGAGCGCGAUGAGCAUGACUAGCAGCGCCACCGGUUCCAAUCCCAGCGAACAUACCUAUGGCAACAACCUGAACAAUGCGGCUGGCGUCAAAGUCAAGGAUAAGCCCGCGAAAUUGGCGAUCCAGUCUCCCAGCGGGAAAAUCAUCAGAUUGAAUCGAAAGCAUGAGGGGAUUCCACAGCCUGCAAGCCUGAGGGAGGUGGACGGUGAAAUCUUAGGAAGCUUUUGGGAGACUGCGGUCAAGGUCCAAGAGAGGGGCGUUUGGAGGGGCCUGGUCCUGGCGGAUCGGAGUGCUAGGUGGUGUGUUUGGGGCGAAUGGGAGUGCGUCUGAUGGUAGACGUCGCUGGGGUUGGGUAAUGUCGGCACGCAAGAGGGAGUUUAUUUGGCAUAAGUCGUUCGGGAGAUGGACUUGGACUUGGAUAUGGACAUGGAGUAUGGGGAAAUUUGGUUUUGGAGACAAAAGUUCCAGACUAUUUGUGUGUGCUGGACAGCUGGAUGGGAUACAGGAAGCUGAGCGCGGGUGGUUUAUUAUGCCAGCUUUCUGCGGACGAGGAUUUCCUGGCGCUAUGACUUUGCUUCUUACCUUGAUGCUUGACGACAACGGUUCAAUGUUGGUGAUUACACGUCUUGUACAAGUACAAUUUCGGGCCCAAAAUAAAUGGCACAGCCUUGUUGGCUACUCUGGCUUAUUCGCUCUGAGAUACUAC